AUGGAGUCGUCUAGUGUCCAUCGCUCUCAUUGUUUCGAUAUUCUUGAUGGAGUCCCACUACACGACGAUCAUUUCAACUCGGCAUUCCUACCAAACACUGACUUUAAUGUUCAUUUGCAGUCAAACGUAUCGACCCGCAUCAACAAUCAGUCUCACUUAGACCCAAAUGCAGAAAACAUUUUCCAUAACGAAGGUCUUGCUCCAGAAGAAAGAAGAGCAAGAAGAAUGGUCUCUAACCGGGAAUCUGCAAGGAGGUCACGUAUGCGCAAAAAGAAGCAGAUCGAAGAGCUGCAACAACAAGUUGAACAACUCAUGAUGUUGAAUCAUCACUUGUCUGAGAAAGUCAUCAACUUGUUGGAAAGCAACCAUCAGAUCCUACAAGAGAACUCACAGCUGAAAGAGAAAGUCUCUUCCUUUCACUUGCUCAUGGCAGAUGUGCUAUUACCCAUGAGAAAUGCAGAGAGCAACAUCAAUGACCGCAAUGUGAAUUAUCUAAGAGGAGAACCAUCAAACCGUCCCACCAACAGUCCCUUUGCCAGUAGUACUAUGAUUGAUGCCAUGUAUGCGACUAGUGACUACUACAGUAGCAAUUACUUACUUGCAUUUGUAUGUAGAUACUAG